AUGGCGCUAUUAUUUCUGAAGCAGAAGCUCUUCCCGAGCGAAAAGCAAAAACAGGCCCUUCCAUAUGGCAAACCACUACUUUCCAAUGAAGAUACCGAUACCCUGCCGAGCGAACAAGAUCUCGAAGCUCAGCGGUCUUACUCUACCUUCCGCGCCUCAUCUCCCGUUUCCGACACCGACAGCACCGCCGCCAGCACUAGCAGUUCGCGAUCACGUAUCAACCCGCGUAUUGUAUCGGAUGCCAUUCUAGGUUUAUCCGAUGGCUUGACGGUACCUUUCGCGCUGAGCGCUGGUCUCUCGGCGCUGGGUAACACUAAGGUCGUUGUGCUUGGUGGAUUGGCUGAAUUGACGGCGGGUGCCAUCUCCAUGGGCCUGGGAGGAUAUGUCGGUGCGAAGAGUGAAGCUGAAUCGUACGAGACCACCGUUCGUGAGGCAAAAGAACUCAUCGACACAUCGCCAGCCGAAACCAGUUCCAUUGUCCAAUCCAUCUUCGCUUCCUACCGUCUCCCCGAAGAUGUCAUCAACCAGAUUAACAUGUCCCUCCACUCCUCUGAAGACCGCCUCCUCGACUUCCUGGUCAGCUUUCAUCACAAGGAAUCCGAGCCUGACUGCAACCAGGCGUGGAUCUCCGCCAUCACACUCGCCCUUGGCUACUUCGUCGGUGGUUUCAUCCCGCUCAUCCCAUACUUCAUCGUCGACCAGGUGAUAGUGGCAUUGUACAUGAGCAUCGGAGUCAUGGCAAUCACGCUUCUGGCCUUCGGAUACAUCAAGACAUGUGUAGUGCGCGGCUGGUCCGGGCGCGACAACGUCGUCGCAGGCAUCAAGGGAGGAAUACAAAUGUGUUUCGUGGGCGGAGUCGCAGCUGGAGCAGCCAUUGCCUUGGUCCGGUUGAUCGACACCGGCGGAGCGUGA